CGACUCCCAGAGUGGAGGCGUGGAGGAGCCCUGGUGGGGGGGAGCGCAGGGCGGGGCACUACUGCACCUGACCUGAACUCUACUGUUUCUAGCUUACUGCACAGAGCACCAACUCGCCCGCAAGUAGACAACGCACUGGUUUUUAAAGAAGCUUUUAAUUCUUUAUGAGCUUUGGGUCCUUUAAGAGGCUUGAGACCAGAGUCAAAGACGUGCGAAGGCGGGGAGGAGGGGGAAAGGUGACGUCUUCUGACCCCGCCCCCUCGCCCGAUAGCCGCCAUGUUUAGUUGUUACUUCUUCACACAAGAUGGCGGCUCCCAGGGAGGAGGCAUGAUCGCCCUGCCGUUACCGCUUCUUCUGCCGUACAAUUGUUACUUCGGGUCUUAACUCCUGCUCUUUCGAGCGGCUCCUGUGGGAAGGAGUCUUAAGGAGGGAAGCGAGGAUUGGACGCUGCCUUGCGUUUGGUUUGCUGUGGAAGAACUGUCCAGGAAGAAGAGAAUAGGUGGAGUGGGGGGGGAAGAGAAGCUAGUCUCAAGAUGGCGGCUCCCAGGGCGGUCGCCACAGCCUGAAUAGCAGAAGCGGACUCAAGGGAGAGGUGCAAAACCUCUCGAGCCGUACGGGUCGGGGCUUGGAGCAGCAACUGGGAGCUGGAGCCCGUUCCGCCAGCCUCUGACACGCCUUUAUUACUUAGGAACGUUGGGGUUCUGCGAUCGGUGGUUGUACUAAGUGCUGGGUGGGGAAGCAGGACGGUUUCAAGAUGGCGGCUUCCACAAUUGUGGUCUGACUGUCGGCGAAGUUGAGACAACCGCGGCAUUUGUGGCUCUUUUCCACCCGCCCCGGAAGCCAGCCAGUGCUGGGGACGGGGGGUGUGGGAACCGGGCCGGGGCUCCGCCAUUUCCGGCGGGGGAGGGCUACGACUGAGGAAGGGAGGAGAGAGAGGCGGCUCAAGAUGGCGGCUCCCAGAGCCUCCUGCUCGAGGUUCUAAGCGGGAACACCCGGGCAAAUAGUUAGAGCGACGGCGCUCAGUGGCCUCCAGCUUCUCGGGAAUAGGUGCUCUGCAGUUCUGAGAAGCUUUUAAGGAUACGAGCUGAGUGAGAAGGGGGGGAAGAGCCAAAGGAAGGAGGAUAGUUAAGAUGGCGGCCUCCAUGGAGUCGUCCACCGCUGUGUAAGGAGCCGCUUCUUCGUGAGAGCUCCCUUAGACGAAAGGGGGUGUGUGAAGAAUUAAGGGUAUCCUCCCAUUCAGUGACCUCUUCCCACUGCAUCCUUAACCGGAACUAUGGCUUCGGCUGUGUCUCCCGCAAACUUGCCAGCGGUGCUUCUGCAGCCCCGCUGGAAACGGGUUGUGGGCUGGUCGGGUCCCGUGCCCCGACCCCGCCACGGCCACCGUGCAGUGGCUAUCAAGGAGCUUAUAGUGGUGUUUGGCGGCGGCAACGAGGGCAUAGUGGACGAACUACACGUGUACAACACUGGUUGCAUUUCGGUACUUAGAGAAACCCUCUACUCCGACUGCCACCCUCCAUCUCACACACUCCACACUGAGGAGGCAGAAAGUAGGCAGGAGAUCGUGGUCUGGGGUAGUUCAUUGAACAAGAGUUGGAGCCAGACUCUCCUGGCAGGUUCCCAGCACCUCCCCUGCCAGGCUGAGUAUACAGGCCUGCCUCUGGAGCUGGGCUUUUCUCAGGGCCUCUGCAGAAAGGGGAGUGGGAAGGUAAAAGAGAUAGCCUCUAGCUUGGUGCUUCUCUUCAAUCCUCUCUUGCUUUUUCUUUAUCCUCCUAGAAUGUAUGUAUUUGGUGGCUGGGUGCCCCUUGUCAUGGAUGAUGUCAAAGUGGCCACACACGAGAAGGAGUGGAAGUGUACCAACACACUGGCUUGUCUCAACCUGGAUACCAUGGCCUGGGAAACCAUCCUGAUGGAUACAUUGGAGGACAACAUUCCUCGAGCUCGAGCAGGCCACUGUGCUGUUGCCAUCAAUACUCGUCUGUACAUUUGGAGUGGCCGUGAUGGCUACCGCAAGGCCUGGAACAACCAGGUCUGCUGCAAGGACUUGUGGUAUUUGGAGACAGAAAAGCCACCACCCCCAGCCCGAGUACAACUAGUACGAGCCAACACCAACUCACUGGAGGUUAGCUGGGGUGCAGUGGCAACAGCUGACAGUUACCUUCUACAACUCCAGAAAUAUGACAUUCCUGCCACAGCUGCUACGGCUACCUCCCCCACUCCCAAUCCAGUCCCGUCUGUGCCUGCCAACCCUCCCAAGAGCCCUGCGCCAGCAGCAGCUGCACCUGCUGUACAGCCACUGACCCAAGUAGGCAUCACACUUGUGCCCCAGGCUGCCACUGCACCCCCAAGCACAACCACCAUCCAGGUCUUGCCAACAGUGCCAGGCAGCUCCAUUUCUGUGCCUGCUGCAGCCAGGACUCAAGGUGUCCCUGCUGUUCUCAAAGUGACUGGUCCUCAAGCUACAACAGGAACACCACUGGUUACCAUGAGACCUGCAAGCCAGGCUGGAAAAGCUCCUGUCACUGUGACUUCCCUGCCUGCCAGUGUGCGAAUGGUUGUACCUACACAGAGUGCCCAGGGGACGGUGAUUGGCAGCAACCCACAGAUGAGUGGGAUGGCUGCAUUAGCUGCUGCUGCUGCUGCCACACAGAAAAUCCCUCCUUCCUCAGCACCCACGGUGCUAAGUGUCCCAGCAGGCACCACCAUUGUCAAGACAGUGGCUGUGACACCUGGCACAACCACUCUUCCAGCCACUGUGAAGGUGGCCUCCUCCCCUGUCAUGGUGAGCAACCCAGCCACUCGAAUGCUAAAGACUGCAGCUGCCCAAGUGGGGACAUCUGUGUCCUCUGCUGCCAACACAUCUACCCGCCCUAUCAUCACAGUACACAAAUCAGGGACUGUAACAGUGGCCCAGCAAGCCCAGGUGGUGACCACGGUGGUAGGCGGAGUCACCAAGACCAUCACCCUAGUGAAGAGCCCCAUCUCUGUCCCAGGAGGCAGUGCUCUGAUUUCCAAUCUGGGAAAAGUGAUGUCAGUGGUCCAGACCAAACCAGUUCAGACAUCAGCAGUGACAGGCCAAGCAUCUACUGGUCCUGUGACUCAGAUCAUCCAGACCAAAGGACCCCUGCCAGCGGGGACUAUCCUGAAGCUGGUGACAUCAGCAGAUGGCAAGCCCACAACCAUCAUUACCACCACACAGGCUAGUGGGGCAGGGACCAAGCCCACUAUCCUGGGCAUCAGUAGUGUCUCUCCCAGCACCACCAAACCUGGCACAACUACCAUUAUUAAGACCAUUCCUAUGUCGGCCAUUAUCACCCAGGCAGGUGCCACAGGUGUUACCAGCAGUCCUGGCAUUAAGUCCCCCAUUACAAUUAUCACCACCAAAGUGAUGACUUCAGGAACAGGAGCGCCUGCUAAAAUAAUCACUGCUGUCCCCAAGAUUGCUACUGGCCAUGGGCAACAAGGAGUGACCCAGGUGGUGCUAAAGGGGGCCCCUGGACAACCAGGCACCAUCCUCCGCACUGUGCCUAUGGGCGGCGUUCGCCUGGUCACCCCUGUCACCGUCUCUGCUGUCAAGCCAGCUGUCACCACAUUGGUUGUAAAGGGUACCACAGGUGUUACAACACUAGGCACAGUGACAGGCACUGUCUCCACCAGCCUGGCCGGAGCUGGGGCACAUAGCACCAGUGCUUCCCUGGCUACACCUAUCACUACCUUGGGCACUAUUGCUACGCUCUCAAGCCAGGUGAUCAACCCUACUGCUAUCACAGUGUCAGCUGCACAGACUACACUAACAGCUGCUGGUGGGCUUACCACACCUACAAUCACAAUGCAGCCUGUCUCCCAGCCUACCCAGGUCACUCUGAUUACAGCACCCAGUGGGGUUGAAGCACAGCCUGUACAUGACCUUCCUGUAUCCAUUUUGGCCUCACCUACUACAGAGCAGCCCACAGCAACAGUCACCAUCGCUGACUCAGGCCAGGGUGAUGUGCAGCCUGGCACUGUGACACUGGUGUGUUCCAACCCACCCUGUGAAACCCAUGAAACAGGCACCACUAACACAGCUACUACCACUGUUGUGGCUAACCUUGGGGGACAUCCUCAACCUACCCAGGUGCAGUUUGUUUGUGACAGACAGGAGACAGCUGCUUCACUUGUGACCUCAGCUGUGGGACAACAGAAUGGUAAUGUGGUCCGUGUCUGUUCAAACCCCCCCUGUGAGACCCAUGAGACGGGCACUACCAACACUGCCACAACAGCCACCUCCAACAUGGCUGGGCAGCAUGGCUGCUCGAACCCCCCCUGCGAGACUCAUGAGACAGGCACCACCAGCACUGCCACUACAGCAAUGUCCAGCAUGGGCACUGGGCAGCAGCGAGACACUCGUCGUGUCACUAACACCCCAACUGUAGUGCGGAUCACUGUGGCUCCUGGGGCAUUGGAGAGAGUCCAGGGUACCGUGAAGCCUCAGUGCCAAACCCAGCAGACCAACAUGACCACCACCACCAUGACUGUGCAGGCCACUGGAGCUCCAUGCUCAGCUGGCCCACUGCUUAGGCCAAGUGUGGCACUGGAGUCUGGGAGCCACAGCCCUGCCUUUGUGCAGCUAGCCCUUCCAAGUGUCAGAGUUGGGCUAAGUGGCCCCAGCAGCAAGGACAUGCCCAUAGGGCACCAACCAGAGACAUACCACACUUACACAACUAAUACCCCAACCGCAACCCGCUCUAUCAUGGUUGCUGGGGAGCUUGGUGCAGCUCGGGUGGUCCCCACAUCUACAUAUGAGAGCCUCCAGGCAAGCUCUCCUAGCAGCACCAUGACUAUGACAGCCCUAGAGGCACUGCUGUGCCCUUCGGCUACUGUGACCCAAGUCUGCUCCAACCCGCCAUGUGAGACCCAUGAGACGGGUACCACCAACACCGCCACUACCUCCAAUGCGGGCAGUGCUCAGCGAGUAUGCUCCAACCCGCCUUGUGAGACUCAUGAGACGGGCACCACACACACAGCUACCACUGCCACAUCAAAUGGAGGUGCAGGCCAGCCUGAGGGUGGACAACAGCCUGCCAGUGGCCAUCCCUGCGAGACACACCAGACCACUUCCACUGGCACCACUAUGUCAGUCAGUGUGGGUGCCCUGAUUCCUGAUGCUACUCCUCAUGGAACCCUGGAGUCGGGCUUAGAGGUGGUAGCAGUGCCCACUGUCACCUCCCAGGCUGGUUCCACAUUGCUGGCCUCUUUCCCAACACAGAGGGUUUGCUCCAACCCUCCUUGCGAGACCCACGAGACAGGUACCACGCACACAGCCACCACUGUCACCUCUAACAUGAGCUCAAACCAAGACCCUCCACCAGCUGCCAGUGACCAAGGAGAGGUAGCAAGCACCCAAGGUGACAGCACAAAUAUCACCAGUGCCAGUGCUAUCACUACAAGUGUGUCUUCUACACUGCCACGAGCAGUGACCACUGUGACACAGUCUACACCAGUCCCAGGUCCCUCUGUGCCGCCCCCAGAGGAACUCCAGGUCUCACCAGGGCCUCGCCAGCAGCUGCCUCCACGGCAACUCCUGCAGUCUGCCUCCACACCCCUGAUGGGGGAGUCUACUGAGGUCCUGUCAGCCUCCCAGACCCCUGAGCUCCAGGCCGCCGUGGAUCUGAGCAGCACUGGGGACCCAUCUUCAGGCCAGGAGCCUACCACCUCUGCUGUCGUGGCCACUGUGGUGGUCCAACCACCCCCACCCACACAGUCUGAAGUAGACCAGUUAUCACUUCCCCAAGAGCUGAUGGCUGAAGCCCAGGCGGGUACCACAACCCUUAUGGUAACAGGGCUCACUCCAGAGGAGCUGGCAGUGACUGCUGCUGCUGAAGCAGCUGCUCAAGCUGCAGCCACUGAAGAAGCCCAAGCCUUGGCCAUCCAGGCUGUGCUCCAGGCCGCACAGCAGGCUGUCAUGGGCACUGGGGAGCCCAUGGAUACAUCUGAAGCAGCAGCAGCAGUGACACAAGCAGAACUGGGUCACCUUUCAGCUGAAGGCCAAGAGGGUCAGGCUACCACCAUACCCAUUGUGUUGACACAGCAGGAGCUUGCAGCCCUGGUGCAGCAGCAGCAGCAGCUCCAGGAGGCUCAAGCUCAAGCCCAGCAACAGCACCAUCUUCCCACUGAGGCUCUGGCCCCAGCUGACAGUCUCAAUGACCCAUCCAUCGAGAGCAACUGCCUCAACGAGUUAGCUAGUGCUGUCCCAAGCACUGUGGCUUUGCUACCCUCAACAGCUACCGAGAGCCUGGCUCCAUCUAACACAUUUGUGGCUCCCCAGCCUGUUGUAGCCAGUCCAGCAAAGAUGCAGGCUGCAGCUACCCUUACUGAAGUGGCCAAUGGCAUUGAGUCCCUGGGUGUGAAACCGGACUUGCCACCCCCACCCAGCAAAGCCCCUGUGAAAAAGGAGAACCAGUGGUUUGAUGUGGGGGUCAUUAAGGGCACUAGUGUAAUGGUGACACACUAUUUUCUGCCACCAGAUGAUGCUGUUCAGUCAGAUGAUGACUCAGGCACGGUCCCAGACUAUAACCAGCUAAAGAAGCAGGAGCUACAGCCAGGCACAGCUUAUAAAUUUCGAGUUGCUGGAAUCAAUGCUUGUGGCCGGGGACCCUUCAGUGAGAUCUCAGCCUUUAAGACUUGUCUGCCUGGGUUCCCAGGGGCUCCUUGUGCUAUUAAAAUCAGCAAGAGCCCAGAUGGUGCUCACCUCACCUGGGAGCCACCGUCUGUGACCUCCGGCAAGAUCAUCGAGUACUCUGUGUACCUGGCCAUCCAGAGCUCACAGGCCAGUGGUGAGCCAAAGAGCUCCACCCCAGCCCAGCUGGCCUUCAUGCGAGUGUACUGUGGGCCUAGCCCUUCCUGCCUAGUGCAGUCCUCCAGCCUCUCCAAUGCCCACAUCGACUAUACUACAAAGCCUGCCAUCAUCUUCCGCAUUGCUGCCCGCAAUGAAAAGGGCUACGGCCCUGCCACACAAGUGAGGUGGUUGCAAGAAACUAGUAAAGACAGCUCUGGCACCAAGCCGGCCAGCAAGCGGCCCAUGUCGUCUCCAGAAAUGAAAUCUGCUCCAAAGAAGUCUAAGGCUGAUGGUCAGUGAGGAAGCUGGCCAGCAACUGGAUCCUCCAGACCCCUCUGCUUCAGGAAGGCCCUAUAGGGCCCACCUUCCCGCCCUGCCCACCUGGCCUUUGCACUUCACCCUCACCAGCUACUGGCCACCAUUCAGUCUCCCCCUUUUCCUCUGUUUUUACAAUAAAGAAAGCACAUUUUACCAUUGCUAUUGGGAGGAAGCAGAAGGCAGAUUGGAAAGAACAGCGAGUAAGUGCAAGUUGUGCUCCUUCCUUUUCCCGACCUGGUACCCUCCCUGGGUUGAGUAUGAGUGGACAGCUCAGAGACUUUGGGAAGAGAAAUGAAAACUGAAAACAAAGGAGAUAGCACCCAUACUUAAGCCUGCACUUGUCUGUAGUUCAUCACCCUUGGCCUGAGAGGCAGCAGCCAAGGACUAGAGGGGAAGGAUAUCCCCCAAGUUCCCUCAGAGGCUUUUCCCAGCAGGUACCCCAUUCUGGGUGUCUGUCUGGUUCUAUUUUGUUUUGUUAUUAUCCUUGUAUUUCCAGCCACCUCCCAUCCCUUCUUCAAGCUUAGCCAGAUCCUAUCAUGCCCAGUGAAAUCACAGGAAGUUUAACGUAUCUCAGAGGCCUUUGAGUUCCCACUCAAUACCUCUCCCUCUUUACAAAAGAGAGGGGUGGGGGAGCCUUGGUUGGUCUGAGCAGUGGCUGUGAAAUCCUCCCAAUGGGCACAGAAUGGCCCCCAGUAACCCUGGUCUUGGCCUACUUUUUUGAGCCUGGGGGCCACAUCACCAACUGCUGCAUAUGUUGUAUUUUUUAAGUUGAAAUUAAUGAAGUUAACAUUUUUAUUGUAAUUUUAGCCUUAGUGUGUGGGGGUUUAUCCCUUUUUGUUAGCUGUGUACAGAAUGUGUAUCCUAUCUCCUCCCCUCCUUGGCUAAUCAUUGGCAGGGUUCUUCCUGGGGAAAAGCUUAAAGAGCAGCUAGGGAAGGAGAGAAACUGUCCUGGGUGAGACUUGGUAGAUACUGCUCCAAUAUCCUGUUGCUAGCCCCCGCCUCCUGGAACAGUGUGAGACAAUUAAACUUCAUUCCCUGUGGGUUAGCACUUAUAUGUAGAAGCUUGGGCUUGAAGGUGAUGUCCACCUUAAUCAGCACCACUUGCAGCGACUGACCCUAAACAACACAGCAGGGGCAGGGAACGGGUAGGACUUGACCCUCUUGAAGGCAGCCCAGGAUGGGAGUAGGGUAUGCCAUAUCCCACAGAGGCUAUGAGUAGGUACCAGAUACCAACUCAGUAAUUAAUUUUGUAGCUUUGUCCCCAAGCUCUGGAUUUUUUUUCUCUCCAGGACCCAAGUUUUAGGCAGUGAGUAAUGCUUAUAAGCAAGUUACUGAAGGAUUUAAGAAUGGACAGCCAAUGUGUUCAGCCGCUCUGGCCUGUACCCCCUGGGGCCUCUAGUGUAUUGUAUUAUAUUUCUGUGGAAAGUCAUGUUUAGUCAAAUUGGAAUCCACUCACCUGUUCCCUUUGUUUACCCUAUCCCUUCUCCUGAGCACCCUUUGAUUUCUGAGGACAGUACUACCCAUUCAUCUAUUGUAGAGUAACCCUUGUGACUCAAUAUUACCAUAGUGCGAUGUUGUUUUGUGCUAUUUUGAACAAUUAAAAAGACUUUUUUUGAAAUAA